CAAAAAUCUCUAUAGACGUACUUCAAACUUUCCAUCCUCGAAAGACUAGCUUCAGGAUAUUUCGAUCUCAACGUCAACAAUCAAACAUCGGGCUCGAAGAUGUCUUCCCUUCAUGUUGACCAAGUCGCACUGGCACACGAAGUUUGCCGUCCAAAUGUUGUCAAGCACCUCAUGCUUGAGAACAAGCUUGCACACUCCUUUGGACUUCGUGUUGCAUUCUCAACCGAGAUCCCAUUAAUUGCAAAGCGAGCAGGCUAUUCAGGAGUACUAAUGAACCUUGAACAUAUGGCCAUGAGUAUCGAGAGUAUGAAGGAUAUUGCAGUGUCGUGCUUGAAUGUGGGUAUAACUCCUAUGGUUGUUGUUCCAACUUGCUCCUCUGAAUGGAUUUCCCGGUGCCUCGAUUCUGGCGCUCAGGCAAUCAUUGUACCUCAUGUCAACAAUGUUGAGCAAGCCAAGUUGUGUGUUAAUGCGUCCAAGUUCCCUCCUCUGGGGCAUCGUUCAGUGACAAUGGUUACAGCCAUGACGCAAUACACAACUCAGCUCUCGUACGCUGCUAUUGCUGAAGUUGAAAACGAGGAAGUGAUGAUAAUGCCCAUGAUUGAAACCAAAGAAGGGGUCGAGAAUGUUGAAGAUAUUGCAGCAACGCCUGGAAUCGACGCUAUGCUAAUCGGCUGUGCGGAUCUGAGUAUGGAAUUGGGCAUUCCGGGUCAGUAUGACUCUGAGCUCUUCCAUUCUGCAGUUGCAAAAAUAGCGACAGCGGCAGAGAAAGCUAGCGUCAACGGGAGGAAAGUCUUCGUGGGCUUAGGAGGCUUAGAACCGAGGCCCGAUCUCCUCGAAGGGUUUGCAAAGAAGUACUCGCUCGUGAGAUAUGCAAUGGCGGGCCGUGACCUGGCAAUUCUGUUAGCAGGUGUGAACAAGCAAGCUGCCGCUACGAAUGAGAUCUCAACACGGCUAUGAAAGCUAGAGUGGGGUGCAUAAAUCAAUUCAGGAGAACAAGGUCUUGAACGCGUGGAGUGCGAGCUACGAGGGGGAAGAUGAAUACAACACAUUUCCCUAACUUUCAAUAGGCGUUAUUUUCACAUAAUCGCAGUGACCUCAAUAUGGAUUGAACACUCGAUGAAUUCGAAUAGCAUACAAUUUAUUUAGCAGUA